GCCUCGCGCUGGCAAGUGAGCUCGCUGAGGGAAGCGGGCAGGCGGGCGGGCAGGCGGGCGGCGCUCCCUUCGCCGCCUCCCGGCUCUUUCCAGUCUCUGGGCGCUCCUUCCCGCCCAUCAGCAGCCUCACUCCCCGUCCGUCUGCUUGGAAGGCUAGGCGGCAGGACGAGGACGGCAGGAAGGCUAGGCGGCAGGACCCAGGCCAAUGGGUCCGUUGGCCGGCCAGCAGCCUGGCUUCGCGGCUGGUCUGUGAAAGAAGGUACAAGAAGUAAAAGUGAACUCAUACCAAAUUUUUAUUUCAUCUGAAGUUAUUUCUGCAGAAUCAGAAAUGAAUUUUAUGGAAGUAUCUUCUAUAAGGGCAACUUGAAAGAUAUGUACAGACAUUGUGGCUCUUUUUCUUCAUUCUAUGAAUAAUGGAAAUGUUAGACCAUCUGCACUGAUCUUGACAAUAAUACCAAGUUUUUUCUUGGUAUUGUUUGGAUAUGAGUGAUCAGAAAUCUUCGCAGGAAGAAAAGCACAAGCCUAGCAGAGCGUCCCCAAAAUUCAAGGAAUCAAGAAGAAUUAUGCAGUCUGAUGACUACUUUGUCAGAAAAUUUAAGGCUCUGAAUGGUAAUAUGGGCCCUCCGGCUUCUUUAAGUGCAAGCAACAAAGGUGAAAAUAGUAAUACAGCAAGUGGUACUCCAGCUGUGCCUAAAAUGGGUGUCCGAGCCAGAGUGUCUGAAUGGCCACCUAAGAAAGAUGGUGUCAAGGAUCUAAACAAAGCUCUCUGGGAAAAUAGGGCUCAGAUCAGUUAUGAGAGUGUUGGAUCAGUAAAUGGUGACCAGAAUGAAGGGCAACAAAAAGAACAGCUUGAUUUAGAAUUUGCAGAAACCAAGUAUGCAUUAGGUGACAUUUUUAUGCAUUCUCCACAUAGGGGGCUUCACCCUAUAAGGCAAAGAAGCAACAGUGAUGUUACAAUCAGUGAUAUUGACACAGAGGAUGUUCUGGACCAGAAUGCUGUCAACCCAAAUACAGGAGCAGCUCUUCAUAGGGAAUAUGGAAGUACUUCAUCAAUUGAUAGACAGGGUUUAUCUGGUGAGAAUUUUUUUGCAAUGCUUCGAGGCUAUAGGGUCGAGAACCUAGAACAUAAAACACAGGUACCAUUUGGAUUCCCUCAGUUUUUCCAUUGUGACCCCACAAUUUCUCCAAGUCUCCAUGCUGCAGCACAGAUUUCCAGAGGAGAAUUUGUCAGAAUUGCUGGGCUGGACUAUAUGGAUGGUGCCGUACUUAUUGGUAGAGAUCAGGACAAAUCUUUUAAGUGGAAACUGAAGUCAGAAUCUGUAGAAACAUCUCUCUUCAGAAAACUGAGAACUGCUAAAAGUGAACACGAAACUCUUAAAUUCUCGUCUGAACUAGAGGACAGUAGACUUGAGAAAAAUAUUCAUCCUUGGAAUUGUCAGAAGUGUUUUGCACAUUAUGAUGUUCAGAGCAUUCUUUUUAACAUAAAUGAAGCAAUGGUUACCAAAAUUAAUGUGGGAAAAAGGAAAAAUAUAACUACUGGAGCUUCUGCUGCAUCACAAACCUCAAUGGUGACAGGACAAGUUGGAAGUUGUGAAUCUCCUUUAGGAAGUAAAGAGGAUCUCAAUUCAAAAGAGAACCUAGAUGCUGAUGAAGGUGAUGGGAAAAGUAAUGACCUUGUACUGAGUUGUCCUUAUUUUAGGAAUGAAACUGGUGGGGAAGGUGAUAGACGGAUUGCACUAUCUAGGGCAAAUUCAGCAUCUUUUUCCUCAGGAGACAGUUGUUCCUUUGAAUCCUCACUAAGUUCGCAUUGCACAAAUGCUGGUGUCUCUGUACUGGAAGUACCCAGGGAGAAUCAACCAAUUCACAGGGAAAAAGUAAAACGUUACAUCAUUGAGCACAUUGAUCUGGGGGCAUAUUACUAUCGAAAGUUCUUCUAUGGAAAAGAGCAUCAAAACUACUUUGGAAUAGAUGAAAAUUUAGGACCAGUAGCAGUCAGCAUCCGAAGGGAGAAGUUUGAAGAUGCAAAAGAAAAAGAAGGUUCACAGUUCAACUACCGUAUAGUGUUCAGAACAAGUGAGCUUACAACAUUGAGAGGAGCAAUUUUAGAAGAUGCCAUUCCAUCCACUGCUAGACAUGGCACGGCACGAGGCUUACCUCUGAAAGAAGUAUUAGAAUAUGUAAUUCCAGAACUGAGCAUUCAGUGUUUAAGGCAAGCUUCCAGUUCACCCAAAGUCUCUGAACAGCUGCUUAAACUGGAUGAACAAGGGUUGAGUUUUCAGCACAAGAUUGGGAUAUUGUACUGCAAAGCAGGCCAAAGUACUGAAGAAGAGAUGUAUAAUAAUGAGACAGCAGGACCUGCUUUUGAAGAAUUCCUUGAUCUUUUAGGUCAGAGAGUACGGCUAAAAGGCUUCAAUAAAUACCGAGCUCAACUAGAUAAUAAAACUGAUUCAACUGGAACUCAUUCCCUUUAUACAACGUACAAAGACUAUGAAAUAAUGUUUCAUGUCUCAACUAUGCUUCCAUAUAUGCCCAGUAAUAGGCAACAGGAAAUAACUACGCCCUGCUUGGUCAAUGAUCAGGACAUCCCUCUAGUUUUAGAGUCAGCAGGAGAUCCAAACACUAAGCUCCUAAGGAAAAGGCAUAUAGGAAAUGACAUUGUUACUAUUGUCUUCCAAGAGCCAGGAGCACUUCCUUUUACUCCAAAAAAUAUCCGUUCUCAUUUUCAACAUGUGUUUGUCAUUGUUAAAGUCCACAAUCCUUGUACUGAAAAUGUGUGCUAUAGUGUUGGAGUUUCAAGAUCAAAAGAUGUACCACCAUUUGGGCCACCAAUCCCAAAAGGAGUAACUUUCCCCAAAUCAGCAGUUUUCCGGGACUUCCUUUUGGCUAAGGUUAUUAAUGCAGAAAAUGCGGCACACAAAUCUGAAAAAUUUCGAGCAAUGGCAACCAGAACACGCCAAGAGUACUUGAAAGAUCUAGCAGAAAAUUUUGCUACUACAGCUACAGUGGAUACAUCUGCUAAGUUUAGUUUUAUUACACUGGGAGCAAAGAAAAAAGAAAGAGUUAAACCAAGAAAGGAUGCCCACUUAUUCAGCAUUGGAGCAGUGAUAUGGAAUGUGAUAGCACGAGACUUUGGUCAGUCCCUUGACAUUGAAUGUCUCCUAGGUAUCUCAAAUGAGUUUAUCGUAUUGAUUGAAAAGGAAUCAAGAAAUGUUGUGUUUAACUGCUCCUGCAGAGAUGUCAUUGGAUGGACAUCUGGAUUAAUGAGUGUAAAAGUCUUUUAUGAAAGAGGAGAAUGUGUUCUUUUGUCUGCAUUGGAUAACUGUGCUGAUGACAUCAGAGAAAUAGUACAAAGACUAGAAACAGCAACCAGAGGAUGUGAAACAACAGAAAUGACACUGAGGAGAAAUGGCUUAGGACAACUUGGAUUCCAUGUUAACUUUGAAGGCAUUGUGGCAGAUGUGGAGCCAUUUGGUUUUGCAUGGAAAGCAGGACUACGUCAAGGCAGUCGCCUAGUAGAGAUCUGCAAAGUAGCAGUAGCAACCCUGACUCAUGAACAAAUGAUUGACCUGCUGCGCACUUCUGUGACAGUCAAAGUGGUGAUUAUCCAGCCACAUGAUGAUGGAUCACCUAGAAGGGGUUGCUCAGAACUGUGUCGAAUUCCUAUGGUGGAGUAUAAACUCGACAGUGAAGGCACCCCAUGUGAAUAUAAAACCCCUUUCCGGAGGAAUACGACUUGGCAUCGGGUGCCAACUCCUGCUGGGCAGCCUCUCUCUCGUGCCUCUCCAAUCCUAGGAACUUCUGACAGAUUGCAGUGCCAGCAACUCCUCCAGCAGGCACAAACAGGCAUCCCUCGCAGCACUUCAUUCGACAGAAAGCUGCCAGAUGGUGCAAGUCAAUAUUUCAGAAGUUCACCAAGCAACCAGUCAUCCUCCAGUGACCCAGGACCAAGUGGGAGUAGUCAAUGGAGGCAGCAAGUUGGCUAUGACGGGUGCCAGUCCCCUUUACUUCAUGACCACCAAGGUGCAGGUCCACUGGAGAGUGAAGGAAGCAGAGAACAUGAAGAAUCCUUGGAAGGGCCCAGACAUAUGAGUGAAACCAAGUGGCAUGCACCAUCAACCAAAGUCUUGAGUUCCUAUAAAGACCGGGCUUUACAGAAAGAGAGCAGUGGCAAGGAUUCACCAAACAAAUUUUCUCAUAUUGGAGACAAAAACUGUUCCAGCCAUUCUAGUAGUAAUACACUGUCCAGUAACACAUCUAGCAACAGUGACGAUAAGCACUUUGGCUCUGAAGACCUGAUGGAAUCUGACUCGCUUGGAUUAACGUACAUUAAAGGGGCUUCUACUGACAGUGGCAUUGAUACUGCUCCUUGUAUGCCUGCUCCAAUUUUGGCCCCUUUGCACCUUGCUGGAGGCCGGUCUGGAAUGCACAGUCGAACUGAUCAAUGGGCUGGGUCUUCUGACACCCCAGGACAAGAUGAUGAGACUAAAAUAUAUGCUGUUCACAGUUAUGCUUCUGCCAUAUCUAGCAGUCAUACAGGUGAUGGCAGCAUGGGAGACCUCAGUGAAAUCUCUUCUCAUUCCAGUGGGUCAUAUCACUCAGGAAGUCCUUCAGCACAUGCUCCUAAAAGCAGUGGAUCAUUAGAUACAUCCAAAGUAUAUAUAGUGUCACAAAACUGUGGUCAACAGAUCUCUGGAUCCAUAGCAAAAUGUUAUCCUCGACAAGGAGCAAUAAGCAAGUAUGUCAUUGGCUGGAAAAAAUCAGAAGAUAGUCCUACACCUGAAGAAUCUGAAACUUCUGAAUGCCAAGAAAUGUAUAAUGAUACUGAUGGCCUAUCUUCAAGUCAACUUCAAGCCUCUGUAAGAAGUACAGUUCCUGAAAGUCAGCGAGUCUUGUCAAAAGAAGAGUUUCUGAAGCUGAUGAUGCCAGACAGCAUCUCUGUGGAGGAAGGCAGAAGAAAGUUUUCGUUUUAUGGCAACCUAUCUCCAAGGAGGACAAUAUAUCGUACUCUUUCUGAUGAGAGCAUCUGCAGCAAUAGGAGAGGAUCAUCAUAUGCUAGUUCACGUAGUUCAAUGCUGGACCAGGCUCUGCCGAAUGAUAUUUUGUUCAGCACUACACCACCAUAUCACAGCACCUUACCUCCUAGAACAAGCUUAACUAGUGGUAUUGGAAACUUACGACAUGAACUAUGGUUCUCAGAUGGAUCUUUAUCUGACAAAUCAAGAUUCAAUGAUCCUGGCCUCAUGCCCCUUCCAGAUACAGCAACAGGAUUAGAUUGGUCUCAUCUGGUUGAUGCUGCACAAGCAUUUGAAGAUUUUGACUCUGACGAAGAACUUGGGCCAGUCUGUCAUCACACUGCGUUUCUAGAUCAAAGAGUGGCAUCUUUUUGUACCUUGAAUGACAUGCAGCAUGUACAGAGUUUGGACAGUAAUCAAUCCUUAGGCACAAAUCCGACAAAUGGAAAAGAUUUUAUUGAUGCUACUGGGGAGGACAGCCCUACUACUCUGACUGGAAAAGUAAACCAGCUUGAAGUGAUUCUUCGACAAUUGCAAACUGAUCUUCGUAAGGAAAAACAAGACAAAGCUGUUCUCCAGGCUGAAGUCCAGCAUCUGAGGCAGGAUAACAUGAGACUUCAGGAAGAAUCCCAAACAGCAGCUGCUCAACUAAGAAAAUUUACUGAAUGGUUUUUUAAUACGAUAGAUAAGAAGUCCUAAUAUUUGAAAAAGCAUCACUGAAACCACAUAAACACCAGUAAUUUUGAAGUAGCCUAAUAUAAUUUCACUAUAUUCACAGCCCAUUUUAUAUAUACUGCUGUAAUUUCUGUGUAGCCCUGCUCAUUUGAACAAGGCUGUGGACUGUUAGGAAUUAGAUUCAUAUUCAUCUAAAUAAAACAGAAAGAAUGGCAGACAUUUGUUUUUGUGAAAAUGAAUGUACAAAUCCUGGUGUCAUUUUAGACAUUUUAGAGUAUACUUCUGGCUUGAGUUUUCCUGGAGAGGAAUAAGGUGAUUUUUAUUUUCUCUACUUCAGGUGCUCCAGUGCAGAUGGUAAAGCAAUUUAUGGUAGCUUUGAUUUCAAUACUGUAAGAUAAAAAUAAAUAACUAGACAUAUACUUUCAUGUUUAAAGGUGCUCUAUUUUUUGUAUGUACAGUAGAUAUUUCCACAGUCACAUUGUCAUAGCAAUAAUGGAGGUAGAAAUGAAUAGUUACCAAGCUGUCUUUAUAAAAAAUUAGUGCUGAUGAAUUUAACACUAGUUUGGAUGCAGAUAUAUUAGGAUUAUUUAUUUGCAGAAAAAAUGGUGCCUGAAUUUAAACAGUGUUCUGUUUUUUCUAAAGAGACACAUGCCUUGUACAUGGCUCACUUAUCAGUUCACUCCAAUGUCAGUGACUUUGUAUAGUUUGUCUUCAGCUAAGAUGGUUAUAGAGAAACUAACUAUUAAAACCAUAUGUGGUGCGAGCCAGCCAAUCAUUUGUAUAAUGCCAGAUUUGUUUAUCUUUGUACAGGAGCUUUGAGUGAGUGACAUGUAUUUAACACCUUUAUUUAAGCUAUUUAACCUGUUAAUUUUAUAAAGUUUUUGUUUUAUCUGCACUAUGAUGAGGUCAGUGGGUUGCAAGCUACUGUGUGUUUUAGCUUGCCAAAAUGACACUGCAGACUUCUAGAAAAAUCUAAUUAUUGGAUGCUGCUAGGACACAAUUUGUGUUUGUAUGCUUUAACAUUUUUAACAGAUUCAUUUGAAAUGAACAUACAUUUUGCUUUUUUAAAUAAAUGUUAAAAAUAUCAA